AAUAGCGACUGCAGAGUAUCUCUCUCCAAGGUUUUUCCGCAAUGGCUUUUCUUUUUCUUCUUUUGCAACGUCGGGAGGCUUACGUACGGCGACAAAACUUCACCCCCUCAUAUAAAGAUUUCGUGCUUUUACAUGAAUAUGCGGUUUAUGGCAUAGGGGGCUCUAUAUGGAGUACAGAUAAGGACGCUGAUGUGGUCUACACGUGUUUGUAGCGGGUAAGCUGCGCUCGAUCUACUUUUAUCUGAACCGUACUAAUAUCAGACAUGGCACGAGCAACUCCCAUGGGAACUACGCGUAUGUGUUUAUUUUCUUUCCUAAUAGUUGAGCUGAUGAUUAAAAAAUUAUAUAUUAUUCUGUCACCAGUAACCGAAUCAUCCGAACCGUGUCAUCUGUCGCUGUGGAGUGUCGACACGACGAGCAACGGCAUUGCAGUACUACAUAGUGUCACGACUUGGCAAAAAUGGUACUGUUGGACUAUAAAAUGUUAUACCUGCAGUAACGCAAUAUUGAUGUGAAAUUUGAAUAACCAUAAUUGUCAUAUUAUUUUAUCAAGAAAUAUAACAGCAAUUAUAGUAGAUUGUUCUGUAUCGUCGACCCCAGCAAAACAUUUUGGGACGACCCGAAGAUGUAUCUGGACGAUCCCGGUUUGGACACUUUGCUGUCGCUGACCGCCGAAGAGCUGUUACCUUGCAACGACCAAGACGACGAGACCUCAUACGAUGACGAGGAUAGCAAAGGAAAUUUGCCAGACACUCAAAGGCCGAGGCAGCCGGACAGACCGAGUGACGUUAAACAGGUGUUGGAGUGCACUUAUCCGAAUUGUGACAAGACCUACUUGAAACCGUCCCACCUCAAGGUGCACAUGAGGAGGCAUUCGGGCGAGAAGCCGUACGGGUGCAUGUGGCCGGGCUGCACUUGGCGUUUCUCCCGAUCCGACGAGCUUUCCCGGCAUUGUCGGUCACACUCAGGAGUCAAGCCAUACGGGUGCCACGUGUGCGACAAGCGGUUUUCGCGGUCCGACCACCUUGCCAAGCACGCGCGCGUACAUCGCAAACGGAUGGCCGCCGCGGCCGCCCGGCUGCAGUGGCCGCCUCAACAGUGCCAGAAGCGCACCGCCGUACAACUAACCGCGGCCACCACGGUUAACACCUCCGUAACCACCUCACCGGUCACCAGACGUCAGUGAUAACGUGGCGGCCGUCUGAUGUGGUUGUGCCAACGACGUGCCUGCGAAUUAAACACUGCAGAAAUCCACCCAACACUACUGAUGCAGAUUCUAAUAUUAUACACAGGCUGAUUAACCAGACGUGUUCACCUCCAUUUUCACAAUUUUUCACUAUUAAUAACGAAUUUAUUAAAAUUCAUAUUUUUACAAUUUUUAAUAGGUACAAUUUUAUGACAUCACAUUGAAAGUGUCCUGUGGUGAUUCAAACUUCUCAAAUCAGAGCUUUUAUUAUUGUACAUUUUUAAGCAUACCUAGUAAGUUUACGAUUUUGUGAAAAAUAGUACCGCGAUUGUAUCGCCGCAAGACACUUCUUAGAUGGUAUAAAAAUGCUAAUGAAUCAUUCUGUGUACAUAUUCUUCUGCAUCGCAACACUACCACAAUAAUGUCACAAUAAAUUAUUGCAAUGUAUAUAUUAUAUAUUAAUCAUCAUGAUCUGUGCAAACACGAAUUAUACAAAAAAUACACAAUAUAACUUACUGAUA